AUGGUAAUAAACGGCCGCCCCAACGAAACUGCAAUCAUUGUUGCAGCCGUCGACAGUGGGGCUGUGGACCACGGAGGUUACUGCAAUUCCACCGCGCAAUUCGCUUUCCCAUUGCUCCUUUGGCUUCUCCGUUCACCGCCGGGUAUUGUUGGCAAGCCACUAUCUGCUGCUUCUUUCACACCUCCUCACCAGCAGGCAACCAAACUGAUCACUGAACCGGUCAGUUCCAAUCGUCUUCAGUGA